GCCGCCUGUGACGCAUCGCUCACGCUACGGUACGCCAUUUGUGUCUAGCAGCAAAAAAGCGCGCACCGCGGAGACACUCACCUAACAAGGGGAUUUUGAUGCGGUUUUGAUGACACCACUGGAUUUCACAUUUGUGCGAAACUAUAACAGGAAAUGAUAUGGAAAAAACCCUGGAAUUAGGAGAGGGGGAUGCUGAGAGGAAAUCAGCUGAAAACGACUUUGUGAAGGUGCCGGCAGAUGAUAUGGAGAUGGAAGAAACCACAGGGGUCUCCCCUGGCAGCGCUGGUGAACUCGAUAAGGCAGAGGAAGAACGUGCUGAGAGGCCAUCGCCAGACGGUGGACGCGAGGGCGGGGAGAACGUUUGCAAAGUUUGUGGGUUCUCAACCAUGUACCCGAGAUCACUGAAAACUCAUUAUACAAGAAAACAUGGGAAAGUCACUGAAAAAAAUCCUCCACCUGAUGAAGAAAAGGUAAAUAAUCUUAAUGCUAGUGAAGUCCAAGAGCAAGUCACCAUAAAAACCGAGGAAGACGACGGUGAACAAAACCAGAGUCCAGAUUUAGACCAGGAAGAGAAUAACAUGGCUCAGGAGAGAAGAGUGAGCAAGCGAACCCCGAAACCUAAGAUCAUUUAUUCCUGCAACUACUGUGGACAUGAAUUUAGGGACAAGGCUCCUCUCGAUGUCCACAUUCAGAGAUAUCAUGCCAAAGAUGUCCCUUUAACUUUUGAGGUGGAGGAGAACGUGGGCGAAUCGGAGGAAGCCGUGGAGAGCUGCAGCACUGAAAAGGCUUCACCGUCAAAAGUGGCACCAAAGCGUGUUCUCAGCAGGUUCCAGCUGAAAUGUCCAAUCUGUGAUUUCAGGGUGGGCAGCACUGCAGUGCUGGAAAGGCACACUCGCGAUAAACACCCCACCCUAGAGUGGCUCCGCUGCAAAGUCUGCAACUUCUUUGCAGCGACUUCAGAGUGGAUGAGUUCUCACCUGUCGUCGGAUGGCCAUUUGGAGCAACAGAAAGUAAAAAAAAGCUCAGAAGCUUCUUCAUUUGAACAGUGCGUUGAGAAAGUUAGCAGAGACUGUGCAGGAGAGGAUGCAGUUGUGGGUCACCUCGAUCAGGUGGUCCCCGGAGAAGGGACUACUUUGACCAAAGAUCAACAGAAAGCCGAUGAGCUGUCAGAGGCAGCCGAGUCUGUGCUGACUGAGGAAGAAGAUGCAGAACUUGAGCCUCCAAGAAAGAAAAGAGGAAGACCAAAACAAGGGUCUUCUACAACUUGUGGAUACUGUGGCUUGGUUGUGUCCAACGCCACUAAUCUCAGUGUUCACGUUCGCCGCAAACACAGCAAAGAUUAUGGCUACAGCUGCACUUUGUGCAACUACAGCUGUGUCACCAAGGGAGAUAUGGAUCGUCACUGUUUUACUAAGAAGCAUGUGAAAAGGGCACAGGAGAGUUCGAGUAAGAGCCCGGCGAGGGCCGACUCCGGUGCGCCGUUGCUUGAGCCAACCAGCGCACCAGCUGCUGGCACACAGCCUACUGACGCAAGGCAAGAACAGGAUGGGGAACUUCUUGGAGAGCACAAAGACCAAGACCAAACUGAGUCUGACACAAGCCAGCAAAAAAGCAAGUAUGACUCUGUCAAUGCUUGCAGUCUUUGUGAUUUUGUUGCCCAGUCAAUCCCAUCCCUCCAUCUCCAUGUCAAGAGAAAGCACACCAAAGAUUUUGAGUACGUUUGUCUAGCAUGCAGCUACUAUGCCGUCACUAGUAGGGAAAUGUAUCGUCAUGCUAGCACAGAGAAGCACAAACAAAAAAGUCAGAAAUAUCUGGAACAUCAAAAGGGCAAAGAACAAAGAGCUUCAGAACAUCCCUUAAAAGAGACGGGGAUCAAUGAGCCUCCUGGGCAGAACUCCAGCACUGGCUGUGAACAUCCAAACCCCUCAGAUUGGUCGGGAUCUUGCUACAUUGACAGCCCGUGUGUGGAAAUGCAAGAUCCAGCUGCGCCAUCUGUCACUACAGAGAUUGUUCGUGUUGUGGUUGGUGGAACUGGAGGUGAAGAUGAAAUGCAAGUGACAACUAAUACAUCGUCGGCUGACAAUGAACCAGAAUCAACCAGCCGGACAGCUGAGAUGACUGUGCAGCAGGCUUCAGCCGAACUUCAUCUUCCAUUAGAUGAGUCUGCACAUGAAGAGAAUCAGAAUUUAGAGGGUACACAAGCAAGAGAGGAGACUUCAAAGGAAGAUGCAGCGGUUGUUGAUAUGCAAAUGUCCAAAGCUCCCCCGUUUGAUGCCAGCAUUGUUUCCUUCAAGGCCCUUGCAGAGCAGGAGGUAACAUUGACAGAGAGUAUGGCGCUGGAAGGAGAGGCCCCUGUUAUAUCUUUGACUGGAGGGCCAAUAUCUAGUGUCACGUCCCCCAGCUCGACAUAUGUGAGAAAGCUCAAACCCAAGGAGAUGAAGGUCAGGGAUGAAGCCAAAGCCUGCAGCUCUCGCAUACGCUGCGAGGACUGCGGCUUCAUGGCAGACGGUCUCAGCGGCCUCAACGUCCACAUCUCAAUGAAGCACCCGUCCAAAGAGAGGCACUUCCACUGCCUGGUGUGUGGCAAGUCCUUCUACACCGAGAGCAACCUGCACCAGCACCUCUCCAGCGCCGCCCAUCUCCGCAAUGAGCAGAACAGCGUGGAGGAGCUGCCCGAGGGGGGCGCGAGCUUCAAGUGCGUGAAAUGCACCGACCGCUUCGAGACGGAGCAGGACUUGUUUGUCCACAUCAAGGAGAAGCACGAGGAGCUCCUGCGUGAGGUCAACAAGUAUGUGCUGGAGGACACGGAGCAGAUCAACCGCGAGCGCGAGGAGAACCAGGGCAGUGUAUGCAAAUACUGCGGCAAGGUGUGCAAGAGCAGCAACUCCAUGGCCUUCCUGGCACACAUUCGCACACACACUGGAUCUAAGCCCUUCAUGUGUAAGAUCUGCAACUUCGCCACUGCUCAGCUGGGAGACGCCCGGAACCACGUGAAGAGGCAUCUCGGGAUGCGGGAGUACAAAUGUGACAUUUGCGGAUGGGCCUUUGUGAUGAAGAAACACCUCAAUACUCACCUGCUGGGAAAACACGGAGUCGGGCAGCGUAAAGAAAGGAAGUUUGAAUGCGAGCUGUGCGACCGCUCCUUCAGCGAAAAGUGGGCCUUGAACAACCACAUGAAACUGCACAACGGGGAGAAGCCGUACAAGUGCAUCUGGCCGUCCUGCCACUACGCCUUCCUCAACCUGUCGGCCAUGAAGGACCACUACAGGACGCACACCGGAGAGAAGUCCUACCUCUGUGACCUGUGUGGCUUUGCAGGAGGCACAAGACACGCCCUCACCAAACACAGACGCCAGCACACAGGAGAGAGACCCUUCAAGUGUAAGCUCUGCAACUUCGCCUCCACCACGCAGUCCCACCUGUCGCGCCACAAACGUGUUCACACCGGAGAGAAACCGUACCGCUGCCCCUGGUGCGACUACAGAUCCAACUGUGCCGAAAACAUCCGGAAGCACAUUCUCCAUACGGGGAAACACGAGGGAGUGAAGAUGUACAACUGCCCCAAGUGUACCUUCGCCACCAACUCCCCCAUGGAGUUCCGUAACCACCUGAAGGACAAUCACCUCGACAUCGAGAACCCAGACCUCGCCUACCUUCAUGCAGGUAUUGUGUCCAAGUCCUUUGAAUGCCGUCUGAAAGGCCAAGGAGCAACGUUUGUGGAGGCCGAGUCUGUGGAGUCGCCCGAGCACAGGAAAGGCUCGUCGGAGGCAUCCAGCCACGAAGAGGCCGUCCAGCAGGUCAUCAUCAUCCAGGGAUACGGUGAGGAGGACAUGGCCAUCGACCAGGCCCUGGAGGAGUCGGCCGCCGCCACCCUGCAGACGCUGGCCAUGGCCGGCCAGGUGGCCGAGGUGCUCCACAUCACAGAGGACGGACAAGUCAUAGCCUCGGGCAGGGAGGUGGCCUCGGCAGGGGCCCACCUGGCUGGAGGCAGCACCCAGUACGUGGUGGUGGAGUCUGGGGACGCCAGGAAGGACUUGCAUGCGGCUGCGGGUCAGAGUCACAUCGUUUCCGAGUCGUCCACCGCCCUGGACGCUCUGCUCACCGCUGUCAGCGAAAUGGGCCAUCAGGAGAAAGUGCAAGGAGAGGCAACUGUCGUUCAUGAAGUGUUGGCCCCCGAAGCCUCGGAGGGAGCCCACGCCGCCGUGGACGUGAAGCAGGAGGAGCAAGAGGAGGUGCAGGUCAUCCAGGAGGCCGGCCACGAAAACAUGCAGGAGGUGCUGAAGCUCGCCGCCUCCCAGAUGAUGAAGGAAGGCCUCACCCAGGUCAUCGUCAACGACGAGGGAACCCAUUACAUCGUGACCGAGCUGGAGGACUGCACCCUGCAGGUAGAGGAGGCGGUGUACGGCGGUGCGGCCGCCGGGGACGGCGAGGCACAGCAGGCGGAGCAGCAAGCAGGAGAGGAGAUGGUGGUCUACCUGGACGGAGCUUCUCAUAACAUUGUCCUGGAAGGCUGAGGCUCGCAGCAAUGACGGUCCCUGUCUGAAGUUCUGCUAAAGAGCGUCUUCAAUAUUGUCUCCCUCUUACAACAUUAUAUCUGUUUUCUCAGAUGAUUGGAGCUAUGCAACAAAGGAGCUUUUUCUGGUGCUACUCCUGUCAACUUGCAAUGGUGACAGCCACCGACGACUCAUUUACGUCCAUACAACUUAAGCAAACGUUUAAGCAAUUCUUUCUUAUGGAAUAUGUUUUCAAAGUUUUCCUAACAUAUGGAUUUUGCGUUCUAGAGUAAAUACAUUGUUCUAAGAUUUUGGUUAAUUUUCAGCAGGAGUUUUGCUUUGGGUCUAAAAGAUGGAGGCAAAUAUUCAAUGUUUUUGUCUCGAGUUCGUUCCUUAUCCCCGCAAACAAAACAACGGUGAUAAUUUUGCGUUUUCUUUCCGUGUUCUCCAUCUCAGUCAAUCUCUUUGCUUUUAGAAAAGCUUUGGGUCAAUGUAAUUUUUGACAAUAAAGAUUGUGUAAUUUUUUAA